AUGCCUCCUCCAUUCCCCUCGUCCCACCGGGGAAUGACCAAAAACCCCGUCAGGCCUAGUCGCUACCGCCCUGGAAAGGCGAUCGCAGAGGAGCACUCAUCUGAGGAAGAGGAGGAAGAAGAAGACGAGGAAGCCGAACGGGAGGCGCGAAGAGAACAAGAGCGGCGCAGACGAGCCGAGGCACUGCGCCGUGCAAAGGCGCCCAAAGCGAGCUCAUUCCCAGCAUCCGCAGUAGCAGCUCAACAGGUUGAGGAGGAGGAUGAUGAUGACGAAGAAGGAUUUGUCACCGAAGAAGAAGAUGACAAGCCUACACCUGCACCCGCGCCGAAAGCAGUACCGCAUCCUACGACUGACGAUUUAAAACCUACUGUGUCCACAACCGCCGCAGAGAGUGACGAAGAGGAGGAAGAAGAAGAAGAAGAGAAAGAGGACGAAAGCUCCGAGGAAGAGAGUAGUUCCGAAGACGAAGCCCCUCGCCGCAUGCUCAUCCGACCAACAUUCAUCAAAAAAGAUAUGCGCAAAACCGCACCCACAGCCGCAGGGCAAACACAAGCCCAAGCAGCCGCCGAACGAGAAGCCGAAGCCGAAGCGCAACGCGCCGCCCAGCGCCAAGAAAAAGCCGACCAGCUAAUCCGCGACCAACUGGAGAAAGAAGCGAUAGCGCGCUCCAAGGCAAACCGCGCCUGGGAUGACGACGAGCUCAUCGAAGCCGAAGAUGAAGAAGCCAUUGACGACACAGACGGGCUAGAUCCUGAAGCCGAGCGCGCGGCCUGGACCCUCCGCGAACUGAAGCGUGUGCAACGGUCCCGGGAAGCGAUCGAAGCGAGCGAGAAAGAGCGCGAAGAGAUCGAGCGCCGCCGGAAUCUUACCGCCGAAGAACGGGAGCGCGAAGACAGCGAGUUCAUCGCGAAACAGAAAGAAGAUCGCGAAGCUACGCGCGGACAGACGGGCUAUAUGCAGCGGUAUUUCCACAAGGGUGCUUUCUUCCGUGGGGAUCUUGAGGCUGAGGGUCUUGAUCGGCGUGAGCUUAUGGGUGCGCGUUUCGAGGAUGAUGUCAAUCGCGAUACCUUGCCUCAAUACAUGCAGGUGCGCGAUAUGACGAAACUUGGAAAGAAGGGUCGCACGCGCUAUAAGGAUCUUAAGUCUGAGGAUACGGGAAGGUUUGGGGAUGGAUUGGAGAAUAGGAGGAGGAGGGAUGGGCCGCCUCUGGGUGUUACAGAUGAACGGUUUAUGCCUGAUCAUGGUCGUGGUGGGGGUGACGAUGGGGAUCGUGGACCUACGGGUGCCAAUGCUAGUGUUGUUAGACCUCGGCGCAGGUCGAGAUCGCGUUCGCCGAGACGGGACAGGCGUGAUGAUCGAGACGAGCGUCGGGUGGAGCGGAGUCGGUCUAGAGAGAGGCGGAAGCGGAGUCCGUCGCCUUAUGAUGAUCGGGAGAAACGUCGGCGAGUCGAUAGUUCAUGA